GUUUACCCAUUUUAAAUGCCCAUUGCCCGCCGUGCACAGUUGCCCCGAAGCCACCGUGUUGGCGAGCAACUGGGCUUGGGCCCGCCAUCGCUGCUUGCAGCUAUAUUUUUCAGUUAUUCCUGCUCUGCUUGGUUUAACCCCUCACAGGUGAUACAGUGGAAUGCUAAGCGGCUAAACCACAUCUUAUAUUUCCUUGUUCCCACAUUGCUAUCAGAUAGUUUCAUUUUGGCUUGCAGACUUCAACCUCUGUCAGAAAAGAUGUCUGAGGAAAAUCAAAGCAAAAGCGAUAGUAAAGUGAGAAUUGGUCAUUCACUAAAUGAGGCUGAGAUGAAUCAUGUGACCAGCAGGAGAGAAUCAGCUCUGGAGUGUCUUAAAAAACACGGCAUACAGUGUAGCCUGGACAAGCUGCCCAACAUUGCUCUGCUGGCUUCAGGAGGAGCUGAAAGAGCAAUGAUGGGUUUGCUGGGAUCACUGGUCGCACUGUUUCAAGAUGAUCUGUUGGACUGCAUGCUGUAUCUUGUUGGGCUCUCUGGAUCUACCUGGUGCAUGGCAUCAUUAUACAAAGAACCAAACUGGUCCAACAAGCUGGAAACAAUGAAGGAUGACUUUGCACAGAGACCUGAGGGUGGUCACAUCAGAUUUGAGGACAAAAUUUCGAAACUCAAAAAAUAUUACAGACAAAAAGACACUUUCAGUCUGACAGACAUCUGGGCAGUGCUAGUUGUAAGCGAGAUUGUGAACGAGAUAGAUGAGAGUACUUUUACCAGUCAGAGGAGCCGACACAGCAAAGAUCCUUAUCCCAUCUACACCGUGAUUGAUAUGCAGAGCAGAUUUGAUAAACUAGAAGCAGAGAAAUUUGUUGAGAUCACGCCACAUGAGACUGGUUACUCCAUCACUGGGGCCUUUGUAGAUACUUCCUGUUUCGGAAGUCAUUUUGACCAAGGGGUAAAAACACAAGACCAGCCCGAGAUGGACAUGCUGUUCCUGCAAGGUCUGUGUGGAAGUGGUUUGGCUGACCUAGAAAAAAUACUGGAGGAACUGUUACCUUUAAUCAAAAAGCUAAUGUUGCAUGAGUUGGACGUGAUCGGUGACCACUCAUCUUCAGAAAUAAAACAAACAGACGUUCACUCCCUCAGUGAUCCACAUGUGGACGAGGCUGGCGAAGUGCUUUUGACACUUGUGGAACUGAAUCUUCUGGUCUUAAGAAAGGAAGAUCCUUCAUCUCACAUUCAAAUCCUGAAUAACUUACUGAGCGAAAAGCUGGACAAAGAACAAAAAGAGAAAUUAAUCAUCAUGUCAAAAGAAGUGAAUAAGAAGAACAUUAAGGAAUACACGCUAUAUAUAUGCAGCCUUCAUUCAUGCUGGAAUCUGACAUGCUGCGAGAUAUGGACUGUGAUUGUUAAAUGCAUUGAGUUAGUUACUCACUGGAUCUGGGGCACAACAUACAACUUUCUGUGCAACAUGACAGCGGAGGAGGUGUCUCCAUCUAUUCUUAAAGAGGAAAAGAGGCAUUAUGUUGAUGCUGGGAUUGACAACAACUCACCUUUUUUACCGCUGCUGAGGAAAGAGAGACACAUUGACGUCAUUCUGUCCCUUGAUUUCAGUGAGACAGACCCAUUCAAGUCAUUGAUAAAAACCGUAGAUAUGUGCAAAGAUCUACACAUUGAUUUCCCUGAAGUCCCAAAUGACUUAGACGAUGAGAGAGAUGAUCCAAAGGACUUUUAUGUGUUUGAAGGCCCCAAUGCACCGACUGUAAUUCAUAUUCCUCUUUUCAACAAGACGAAUUGUGGCGAUAAAGAAGAAAUUGGAAAGUGGAGGAAAACAUAUAAAACCUUCCAACCCCCCUACGACAGUAAAAUGAUCUAUGACCUACUGGAGAAAGCUGAAAUUAACAUCAAAAAUAACAAAGAGAAGCUUCUGACAGAGAUUCAGAAAGUCAUCAAACGGAAGACAUCAUAAUUUCUUUCCAU